UACUCCAGGACUAAGACACUAAGCCUUCGUGACAUUGGCGGUCUUAUAGCCGCGACCACUCGGGCGCACGCCAUUUCAUUGUCGGCAGCAGAACGAUACACACGCGCCAUGUCUAAGUCUUGCGCUUACGUCACCAACUCGGUCCACGGAGUGCUAGGGCUGGCCUUAGCCUGUGCCGCGAUAUGGCUCUACGUCGAAGUGAAACAAAUCACCGAUCUUCGGAACAGCAACCAUUAUUUGCUCGACUACAACCUGUACUGGCCCCAAGUGAUCCCGUGGCUGUUCAUCCUGGUCGGAAUCCUGGUAUUUUCGAUUUCUUUCUGCGGAGUGUUCGGUGCCAAGAAGUCUAGCAAAGGACUCGUUUAUACUCACGUGAUUUUUGUCUCGAUAUCCAUAUUCGCGGCCAUCACUGCAGCUAUAGUGGCGUUGGUGUUCGUAGACAACAAAGUGGCGUCAGAUUUCAUUAAAGAUACGAUAUGGGAUGUUUACUUCCAAUCGAAAACGGAUCAAGAAGUGGCGACUGCGUUCGGGACCAUCGAGAAGAGAAUGCAGUGCUGCGGAGCUGACGGACCAAGAGACUACGUGAACUGGAAGGACAACUUCCCCCAGUCGUGCUGUGACGUGAACUAUCACGGGUUUUUGGAGCCAUACGCCAUCGACUGUGAUAUCACGAACAAAAGGGCGAACGAGCGUCACGGCUGCACUGAAGUCGCAACGCAAUAUUCCAGCAUCGCCGUCAAGGUAUUAUCAGCCAUAUCAAUACUAAUCGCAGUGGUGGGAAUUGCAAAUCUUCUGACAUCUAUCCAAGUAUCCAAAAAAUUAGGAAGAAGACCUCGAAAAGUGGAAAACGCGCAAGUAGAAUUUGAGAGCAAGAAGGUGCUAUUGUAAAGGAUGAGUCAUCCGAAUCUGAGUCAUUUUAGUUCGCGUUAAAGUUCCAUUUGGAAUAGCAGGUUACGUAAUGUGGUACCUCAAGGGACAGCUCUGAGGCACGUUUUGUAAUGUGUUAGUAACUUAGUUUUUCAAUUCUCGUUUGUAGAAAGUGACUAACUAGGUGCAGUUUGUUAAGUUGAUUUUCCAUUUAUGUGUCAACUGACUGAUUUCUGUCUUACGCAAGUAGGAACUUCAAAAAGUAGUUUAUAAUCUGGUUUAUUUUAUUUUAUAUGUAUUUAUUUUGUGUUCUUGUUUUAGCUUGUUCGAAGCAAAACGAUUUGGUACAAAGUUUUACCCAAUUGUAAUUUAAUUAUAGUUAUUAAUAAGAAACGGCUAACAUCACAAUUUAUGUAAGUUUUGUGACAUAUUCCACCUGUCUUUAAGUUAUUGUUACUUUAGGAAAUAUCUCAUAAAUAGUAUUAAAUGCUGAUUGUGUAAAUAUAUACAAAGUAUUGUUAGUCAUUUAAUUUUCGUGACGGAUAUUACUUUUCCAAUUAAUCUUCAAUUACUUAGCAAUUAUAAACUAGUUUAUGUUUCAAACUAGUAACUUAUUAAUAAAGUUUGUCAUGCUUAGGAAAUUCCAGUGUGAAAUGUUACCUGUUCUAUCCAAAUAUUCUAUUGUUAAGGAUGAGUUUUCUAAAUUAUGUCAAAUGGUUGAAAAAUAGCGAAUUUAUUAUACUGUAAUAACUAUUUAGAAUUUAGUUGUAAUGUUUAAGUUGAGCAAAAAUUGCUACCUUGAAAUGUGUCUGAGAUUUUUGUUAUUGUUUUCCUUAUGCGCACACGCAGGUAACACAAUGAACUAGUGGAAGAUCUCAGAAAUUAUUCUAUGUAAUGUAAAGUAAAUGAAAAAUGAUGUACGAAAUAAUGUUCUAAGAUCUAAGGCUGUAAUAUUAUAAUUAAAAUGUAUUCUUGUUGACUGACGAAACAGAUAACUAUUGUAAAAUAAUUUAUGAUUGAAUGCUAAGUUUUGAUAUACAAUGAAAUAAUGAAUGUUUUUUGUAUUUAUUAGGUAAUUAUUUCACACUCUUUUCCCAUUGAACAUCAUAAUUUAUAGAUGAGGAUUUUUGUAGGUAGGUGCAUGACCUACAAAGGGUAGUGAUUCGUUAAACUUAUAGGUAUAUAGUCAGAUGAUAUAUUAAAUAUCCGAUUUCCAUCAAUACUUCUAAGAACACUGAUUCAUCUGCAAAUUGGUUUUAUGUUUCUAUUAAAAAUUAUGAGUCACAGUACAUAAAUUGCUUUGGCCCGUGGAAUUUGUUUAGCAAAGACACACACCUCUACCUUGCCGAGUAAUAGGUGCCCCAUAAUAAACAUCACGAUUGUGAGUCACUAUUGUACUAUAUUGAGAUUAUUCGACUGAUUUAAGAUGGUAGUUAACUAUCGAAAGAAUUCCACGGCAAAAGUUGUAAACAAGUUUACGAGAAAUUUGCUAGUCUUCUAAACGUUUGAGAUUUAGUGUGAGGCAACGGAUCACACCUUCAUUACGUCAUCGACAUAGAAAAACUAAAGUGUGUCAAAGUAGAACCGGUCGGGACCUAGCUAUAGCACUACUCACUCGUGAACGUGGUUUCAUAAUAAGUCGUUAAUAGUAUGACUAAUAUGAAACUAAGUUCACUUUUAUGAUAUGGGCCCUAGAACAUAAAACUGCAAAUUUAAAUAAGCGUUUUAGGAACAAACACAAGUUCUCGUAAAAGAGACCAUUUUGUCACCAAAUAUUUGGAAUUGAAAUCGAAAGCAUAUCAAAUUCUUCAAAUAACUCACACACAAGGCGUUUCCAUCAUCGUAAGCAUUUUAGAUGUAACAGAACGUAAUUGA